UGAUCGUGGAAGAUGUCUGGGCGCGGAAAAGGAGGUAAGGGUUUGGGAAAAGGAGGCGCUAAGCGGCAUAGGAAAGUGCUUCGCGAUAACAUUCAGGGCAUCACUAAGCCUGCAAUUCGUCGCUUGGCUCGUCGCGGGGGAGUGAAGCGUAUUUCUGGCUUGAUCUAUGAAGAGACUCGAGGUGUGUUGAAGGUCUUUCUGGAAAACGUUAUCCGUGAUGCCGUGACUUACACCGAGCACGCCAAAAGAAAGACCGUGACCGCCAUGGAUGUGGUAUACGCUCUGAAACGUCAGGGCCGCACUCUCUAUGGCUUCGGAGGUUAAGGCAUCUUUAAAGAACUGAAGAAAAAAAGAAAACAAAGGCCCUUUUCAGGGCCACCCACAUAGUCAUAAAAAGAGCUGUUGCCUUUUUGUAUGUUUAAGCAGUGUCUCGCUUGAGCUCAUUUCCAUAAUUGUGAUAGGUUAUUUGUCAUGCUCUGAUGCUAGUUCAGUCUUCCUUUAAAAAUAACAAUUCAAUGAAGCUUAUUCCUAGGUAAAGAUCCUAGUCUCAUCUGAGAUCAGGAAUAAUUUCUAGAAGCACAGAAUUGUAUGUAAAAAAAUGUAUUAACUUUCACUACAAGCCAAUUCGUUGGAAGGUUUUUGCAAACUAGAUACUUGUCUUUAUAGUGUUUCAGUCAUUGUAUGUACAGCAUAUUACUGCCUUUUGUUGAAUACACCCAUUAUAACUAUAGGUUUAAAUUUCUGAACAUGCUUGGUAAUAGAAGUGAUAGCCAAAGUUGCCUUUUUUGUCCUGGAUGUAUAUUUUAGUAUCUAAUAAAGGAAAGAAAUACAAAUCCACCCUCACCUGGCUUUUAAUUUGAUCCUUCUGCUAACAUCAGUAAUUGCCAAGUUGGGGGUAUUCAGACUUCACAAAGAACAAAGAUAACCAAGGGGAAGUCUUAACUGC